GUGGUCGCAACCAGAGGUUCGACUGUAUUUGAAUAAAACGACAAAGUUGGUUCCACAGGUGGCGGAACUUCGAGUAACCGACGUCUACGUGGCUAGCAGCAGAGCUACAAUCUUGGACAGAAUAAAAUAAGAAAUAAAACUUCCCCUUCCCCCGAAUGAAUGAUGAACGGGCGCUAAACCCAAAGCAUUGAAAUGGGGAGAGGGGUGGUCUUAAUUAGGGCAUUUCUCUCUCACGCGUGACGAGCCCUAACAGCGUCUGCGUGAGAGGCUACAUGCUACAGCUUGCUCAAGUUUCUCAAUGAACUUGGCAGUAUAAGAUGCUUUUGAAGGCAGGGACACGACUGGGAAGAAGAAGGGCUUGCUCUUCGGCAGCAUUCAUACGAAUCAAUGGUCGCACGCGUGUCAUAUUGCAAGUUAAGUGUGGCAUGAAGCACACUGUUGAGACAAAGGAUUGAACGUGUCACAGAAAAGCUACAGUUCGAAUAUUUGUUUUCCGUAAUAAAUAUGCGCGUAUUCGUUUGUGACUUCAGCCCGAGAGACUGCGUCAUGUCGGGGGCGUUAUAUCUAGUUGACAUGUACAUUCUUUCACGUGUGAAAGAACUCUCUAAACUUAGAGCGAAGGAAGUGCUCCACACAGAGAAACUUGCGUUGGGAAAGACGGGCUUUUCCUGCAUCGAUUCUUAAUUAUGAAGGUCUAUGGAUUGAAGCUUUUUGUAUGUUUAAUCAUUGCUAUAUAUGAAGUCUUUGGAGACACAGAAAUUCUUGUCAAUGAGCCUCAAUCUGGUUCUGGACUGUGGAACUGGAAUAUCAUAACAGACACACAAGGUGCAGGGUGGAUUCACCCUUCAAUUGUAAGCCCGAGGUACAAAGUUUGCGAUAUUAGUGAUUUGAUCACAAGGGAACCAAGGAACUGGUUACGAACAGACUUCAUUGAUGUCAGGAAUGCUAAACGGCUGGAUAUUGAAAUACAUUACAUCCUCCUAAACUGCCCUAAAACAGAGAUUAGUCAAUUCUGCAAAGCAUACUUAACUCUUUAUUCCUAUCAUGCAAAUACCAAAGAACCUCUUCCUGACCCCACUAAAGGGAUGUUUCAGAAAGAAGCAGUCAUAACGCCGGAAAGUUUGCCUCCUCAGGGAAAAAUUAAAACAGACGUAUUUUAUGGUUCUGUGGUUACCAGAGCUCGGGGUAUAUAUCUGGCAUUCUUAGACCAAGGAGUCUGCAUAACAUUGACGAAAGUUGUCAUUAGCUACAGAUACUGCCCCGAGAUAGGCAGUACCUUAGUGACAUUCCCAAGGACAGUUGCCCCAGCAAAUGACUCAAAUCUAAGCGACCAAGAUGGAAAAUGUACAGAUGUGAAUUCGGUCAAUAAAGUCAAGUUAUCCGGUGUGUGUCUCAGUAAUGGAGAAUGGAACAUGACAGAUGAUCUGGCGUGCUUUUGCAAGGCUGGUUACGAGCUUGUCAAUGGAACUAUCGCUUCGCUGGAAUGCAAAGGUUAGUUGUGAUCGGUGGGUUUAUGUGCUCUUGUCACUCUUAAGUAUAGCAUAUACAUAGACACUAUAAAUUGUUUACCAAGAAUUAAUGACAUAAACAACGCCAUUUAACUAUGAGGAACUAAUGUGGUUUUCAGUUGUUACCUGUAGUUAAUCCGCCCACGCCCCGAAAAGACCAAAAAUAAUCCUUCUGGAUAACAAUAUGUAUAGGGUUAAUUAACUAAACUUGUUUACACAAGAGCGCUCGAUAUUGGGGAAUUUUUAUUGACCGCAGAAGCUUGGUCAAUAAAGAAUUUAUUGUAUGACAUAAAGAACCCCAUUUUCUUUCGGGAAACAGCAGUUAAUACAGAGCCAUCUUGUCCA